AUGAAUUUCCUUAUUCCUUUCGUCAUGACAGUUGUGGUUGCUGCGGCACCUCAGGGAAAUUACUUACCAAAAUACGCUGUAAAUGGACUUUCGCAUGGUCUGUCUCCAGAUAGUGGUGGCGGAACCUUACUCAGUGUUGGCUGUGAAGAAGGGGAGAUAAUCCAUUCAGAUGGGACAUGCGUUAUCAGGAAGAAUCUUUACCUCUUCGAAGCCCCGGAGCAGCCCUAUCAACCCAUCGGCCCGCCUCCCGCUCUGCCACGACCGAAGCUAAAUCAAAACCACAUUUACGUGCGCGUGCCUGAAGAGCCCCCAACGCCGGAGCCAGUCGUCCUUCCUCCACCAAGGCGCAAGACCCUCGUUUAUAUUUUGAGGAAAGUGGACGAGAGAGUACAGCGGGUCAUCGAGUUUGAUUCCAUUCCAUCUCCGAGCCCUCAAGUUUAUUUCAUUAAUUACCAGGAUGGAGAGAAUCCCUCUCUUCCAAUAGGUAUACACAUGGAUAACGCUUUAGGUGUCAUUAGUGAUACAGUGGUUGGAAAUUCUGGACGUAUACAAGGCGAUUCUGUGGGGUUAGCUGGAGGUAUUAGAAUGUCUACAGCAGGUAGAAGUACUAGUGUGACCUUCAGUAAUCACAAAGUCCUCAUUCCUGGAGCUGGAAAUAGGCGUAGCAGAAGUAGCAGAGGAAAAAGAGGAUUUAUUUCAAGAUCUCUAACUCCCUCAAGUUCAAAUUUUCGAACUUAAGCAUGUUAAUAUAAUGUGUAUGUAUUUAUUGUUAUGAUGUACAGGUAAAAUGAUUUUUUUCUA